UAAUGUAUGUUAGAGCGAUUAAGGAUACGUACGAUGGAGUCAAAACUCGAGUUAGGACCCAAAGAGAAAAUCUUGCGAAUGUUUUAUUUGAGGGAGCAGAAGCCAAACAUGCCUUUAGAACAGUCUCUAAUCACGUUUUAAGUACUGCUGGAUUCACUGAAUUUAUAUCUCAGCAUAUACAGUAGAGCGCUAAACACUUCUUAAUCUCCGAAAAUAUAUAGGUUUCAUCGUUUUUCUCUCCGGCAUUUCCUCAAACACAAGGAGGAUAGAGAUUCAAAUGGCGGCGGGGAAUAACAAUGGCGGCGAAAGAGGGACGAGCAACGAGAAUGCAUCGACAAGUAAAGGCGCUGCGGUACCUGAUAAGCUUGUGAUUGGACAGACGAAGGCGGCGCUUCAGAACAAUAAUCACAUCGCCGAUGAAUGGACUCCGGAAGAACAGUCCGCCCUUGAAGAGUUGCUUGAUAAAUACGCAACUGAAAACGAAAUGCAUCGUUAUGCUCAAAUUGCGAUGCAGUUAAAAGACAAGGGUUUACGAGAUGUAAUAUUGAGAUGUAUAUGGAUGAGUAAAAAGGGGAAGCAAAGGAAUGAUCAUAUUUCAAGGAAAAAUAAAGACAAAAAGGAAAAACUUACAGAUUCCUUGCCAAAGUUAACUCAUGUUGCUAAUCGCACAAAUGGUCCUACCUAUGCUCGAGCUGUUAUGCCAAUGGACAAGGAUGGUCGAAUUAACUACCAAGUCAUUGGUGGUCCCAUUGGACAGCUUCUUCAGCAAAAUGCUCAAACACUGGAUCAAAUAUCUGCCAACUUGGACAAUCUUAAGAUCCAGGAAAACUUCGACCUUCUCAUCCAAGCUCGAAACAAUCUCCUCAAAGUCGUAAAUAACUUGAAUGACGAACCAGAGAUGCAUUCGAUGCCUCCACUCCCUCUAAAGCUAAACGAGGAGCUCGUCAACUCAAUCCUUUCGUGUCCACCAUCGUUUCCAGAUAAAUCAUGAGGUCCUGUUGUGUUCCUGUCUUGGGCUUUCUAGAGAUGCUUCACGCGCGUGUCCCAAAGUUGCGACCCUUUCAAUCGCUUAGAAAACAUUAAACUUGCACCAAGUUAUUUACUAUAUAUUUUGGUCUUUGUUGGCCAAGUGUUGGAAAUUUGCUGGUUUUACCAUGUGAAUUGUAGUAUGUCAGGAAGGGUUCUUUUCCUUCUGUGAAUUAGUAUGUGCCAGGAAGGGUUCUUUUCCUUCUGUGAUUUAGUAUGUGCCAGGAAGGGUUCUUUUCCUUCUGUGAAUCAUUUCUUCCAUAGAUGCUAAAUAGAACAAAGGUCGGAUACCACCCGUC